UAUACUUGCACUCGCACUGUCGGCGAAGGAAAGUAUGACAGCGUUCUAGUGCAGUCUUCAAGCUAAAGUCAUCCCGUCUGCAGUCAUCAUGUCUGAGAAAGAGAUCGGCCAAAAGUGGGAUCGCUGCCUCGCAGACUGUGCUAUUAAAGUCGGUACCGGGCUGGGUCUAGGAAUUGUGUUCUCUGUUGUAUUUUUCAAGCGCCGGACGUCGCCCAUUGCCUUGGGUACAGGACUGGGUCUUGGCAUGGCGUAUUCCAACUGCCAGAAUGACUUCAGGUCACAUUAUGUACUGCACAGUAAAGUCUCUAAGGAGCAGUAGAGUUGACGCAUCGGUUUUGGAUUCUGUCAUCUGCCUUACUCUGGUUGUCUUUCUCUCUACAUAAUAUAUAUAUGUUCUUGUACAGGACAGUCUGUGGUUAUUUAAUAAAAUGAUAAAGGAGAUUUGAAGUUUGCAAAGGAUGACAUAAAUGUGAUUUUCUUUUUAAUUUAUAUAUAUAUAUUUUUAAAAAUGACCCUACAUUAUAAUUUCAGCAACCCACACUGUCAUCUGACUUUUGACCCAGGCCAAGAUGAUUUUUGGCAAACACGCAGAACUAGUGCACUUAUGCUUAAAGCAAAAAACAUGCUUUGUGUUCAGAACGGUGUUGGCAUGGUGAUAGUUCUCCAGUUGUGAAGUACAAGCAUUGGUUUGUUUUUCGUUUCAUUUUAUCCAAAGGUAGAAGUGCAUAUCGAAAUAAAUUCCCAUGCAUUGUUCAGAAUUAAGUCUUUUAGAGAAUGGUUGCAAGGCAUGUUUAUGCUCAAAAAAUUACAAAUAUUAAAUGUGUCGUCGCUUGCAUUUAUCAACGGUAUUUACAACUGUACAACAGUUUAGGAAGACCGUCUUUUCAGCUUCUCUUUUGGAAUAAACUUUAAUUUCGAAAACCC